AUGCCCAUCUUCCGUACCCUGACUACCAAACUCAAAACCUCUCUGUCUUCCUCCCCGGAUUCUUCACCAGAACAAUCACCUACUUCACCCCAAGUUUCCUCCUUUGAAAAGGUCAACGGACGCAAAGAGGCGAGUGUUAGCGGUGCCGUGAAGAGGCCUGAAGUGCAAGCUAGAGCCGACUCGUACAUGACGCAAUCGAGCAAUGCAAGCAACGAGAGUGUAGAAGAAAAGAAACAGCGAAGGAUGAGCCGAUUCAGGGAAGAACUAGACUUUGAGGCUGAAGACUGA